CGCCGCCAGUUUGUGAAAUGGACGCGAGAGGAGUGAAGCUCAGUUUCUGGGCAGACGGACCGAAACCCGGCGAAUUGUUUUCGUUUCCAGGCAGCAGGAGCAGCACAGCCCCGGGAUGCGGGCCCGUGAGGCACACGCUGAACCCCAUGAUCACAGGCACCUCAGUCCUGGGCGUGAAGUUCGAUGGCGGUGUCAUCAUCGCGUCGGACAUGCUGGGCUCAUAUGGCUCGCUCGCCCGAUUUCGGAACAUCUCGCGCCUCAUGAAGGUGAACAGCAGCACCAUCCUGGGAGCCUCUGGAGACUACGCUGACUACCAGCACCUCAAACAGGUCCUCGAGCAGAUGGUUAUCGACGAGGAGCUCCUGGGAGACGGGCACAGCUACAGCCCCAAAGCCAUCCACUCCUGGCUGACCAGAGUCAUGUACAACCGCAGGAGUAAGAUGAACCCGCUGUGGAACACGGUAGUCAUCGGGGGCUUCUACAACGGAGAGAGUUUCUUGGGCUAUGUUGACAAGCUGGGUGUUGCUUAUGAGGCUCCUACUGUUGCUACCGGGUUUGGCGCCUACCUGGCACAGCCCCUGAUGAGAGAGGUGUUGGAAUCCAAACCCACGAUCAGUAAAGAGGAAGCCCGGGCUCUGAUCGAGCGCUGCCUCAAAGUGCUGUACUACAGAGACGCGCGCUCCUACAACAGGUAUGAGAUUGCAAUUGUAACGGAGGCUGGUGUGGAGAUCGAGGGGCCGCUCUCUUCAGAGACCAACUGGGAGAUCGCACACAUGAUCAGCGGGUUUGAAUGAGGCCGAGGUUUUGAAGAUCCCUACUAUUCUGUUAUUGAAGUCCGCUAUUCUGAUCUCACUACUGUGUAAACGCUUUAGGUAAUGGUUUUUGUAAAAGGAAAAAAAUAAAAACGUGAAAAGAUA